UAGAGCCUAAGUCACCAGAUUCAGGGGCAGUGUGAUUGGCUGGAGCGGCUGGGUCCUGUUCGCCCCGACGCGUCAGGGCCUCGCCCCCCCUGGCUGCGGAGUGGUAGUCUCUGCCGCCAGGGGACUCAGCGCCGAAGACCUGUGGAAUCUGCGUCUCCGGCUGGCAGCGGCAGCCGCAGCCAUGGAGCCCGGUGCUUCCCCUGAGCCCGACUCGGGCGAAGUGUUGCCCCAGCACAAGUUCGACAGCGGGUCCCUAGAGGCCUAUCUAAACCAGCACUUGCCCGGCUUUGGGGCCGAGCCCGAGGCCAAGCUGACCGUUACCCAAUACAGAUCAGGACAGUCCAAUCCAACCUUUUAUCUUCAGAAGGGCUUUCAAGCAUAUGUACUCAGAAAAAAACCACCUGGUUCACUUCUUCCUAAAGCACAUCAGAUUGAUAGAGAAUUUAAAGUCCAGAAAGCUUUGUUUUCAGUUGGAUUCCCCGUUCCCAAGCCUUUAUUGUACUGCAGUGAUCCUUCUGUCAUUGGAACAGAAUUUUACUUGAUGGAUCAUGUGCAGGGUCGAAUCUUUCGUGAUUUCACAAUUCCUGGAGUUAGCCCAGCAGAACGCUCAGCCAUGUAUGUGGCCAUGAUAGAAACCUUGGCUCACUUACAUUCCUUGAAUGUACAGUCAUUGCAGCUGGAAGGUUAUGGUCGAGGUGCUGGCUAUUGCAAAAGACAGGUAUCAACCUGGACGGAGCAAUAUCAAGCUGUAGCUCAUCAGGACAUCCCUGCCAUGAAACAGCUAUCUGACUGGCUAAUGAAAAACUUGCCAGAUAAUGACAAUGAAGAAAAUUUGAUUCAUGGAGAUUACAAACUAGAUAACAUAGUUUUCCACCCUACAGAGUCUCGAGUUAUAGCUAUACUGGAUUGGGAGCUUUCAACCAUUGGUCAUCCUUUGUCAGACUUAGCUCAUCUCUCCAUAUUCUACUUUUGGCCACGGACAGUCCCAAGGAUAAAUCAAAAUUUUUACUUUCAAGAAAACAUAGGGAUACCAUCAAUAGAAGAACUGAUUUCAAUAUAUUGCCGCUGCAGGGGAAUUAAUUCUAUUCUCCCUAACUGGAAUUUCUUUCUUGCCCUUGCAUAUUUUAAAAUGGCUGGAAUAGCACAGGGAGUAUAUAGUAGAUAUCUUCUGGGAAAUAAUGCAUCUGAGAAUAGCUUUCUGUUUGCCAAGGUUGUGCAACCUCUGGCAGAAACUGGAUUACAGCUUUCAAAAAGAACUUUCAGUACUACAUCACCACAGAUUGAUACUUCCCAACAGUUGUUUGUACUGAGUAAGACCGGCCAGGAAGUUCUUGCUAGGGUGAAGUGUUUCAUGAAACAACACAUCCUUCCAGCUGAAAAGGAGGUAAUUGAGUUCUAUGUUCAAAAUGAAAAUUCAGUGGACAGAUGGAAAAAACCUUUAGUGAUUGAUAAACUUAAGGAAAUGGCCAAAGCAGAAGGCCUCUGGAACUUGUUUUUGCCAGCUGUAAGCGGUCUCAGCCAGGUGGACUAUGCCUUGAUUGCUGAAGAAACAGGAAAAUGCUUUUUUGCUCCAGAUGUCUUUAACUGCCAAGCACCAGACACAGGGAACAUGGAGUUGCUCCACCUAUAUGGAAGUGAAAAGCAGAAGCAGCAGUGGCUUGAGCCUCUUCUUCAAGGGAACAUUGCCUCCUGUUUCUGUAUGACAGAGCCCAAUGUAGCUUCGAGUGAUGCCACAAAUAUUGAAUGUAGCAUCCAACGAGAUGGAGAUAGCUAUGUAAUUAAUGGCAAGAAAUGGUGGAGCAGUGGAGCUGGAAAUCCAAAGUGCACAAUUGCAAUUGUUUUGGGAAGAACUAAAAAUGCCUCUGCAACCAGAUACAAACAACACAGCAUGGUUCUUGUUCCUAUCAACACACCUGGAGUAGAAAUAAUAAGACCUUUGUCAGUUUUUGGCUACAUGGAUAAUUUCCAUGGAGGACAUUUUGAGAUCCAUUUUAAUCAAGUACGAGUUCCUGUCACCAAUUUAAUACUAGGUGAAGGUAGGGGAUUUGAAAUUGCCCAAGGCCGCCUUGGACCCGGCAGAAUUCAUCACUGUAUGAGAACAGUAGGAGUGGCAGAACGCGCUUUGCAGAUAAUGUGUGAACGGGCAACACAAAGGGUGGCCUUUAAGAAGAAACUGUUUUCACACGAGGUUGUGGCUCACUGGAUUGCUGAAAGCCGCAUUGCCAUUGAGAAGAUACGUUUGUUGAUCCUGAAAGCCGCGCACAGCAUUGACACCCUGGGCUGGGCUGGCACUAGGAAGGAGAUUGCAAUGAUUAAAGUGGCCACCCCUCGGGCCGUCUGCGAAAUUAUUGACCGGGCGAUCCAAGUGUGUGGAGGUGCAGGUGUUUCCCAGGAUUACCCUCUGGCUAACAUGUAUGCCCUAACGCGGACUCUGCGCUUAGCAGAUGGGCCCGAUGAAGUGCACCUCUCCGCAAUCGCAGCGAUGGAGCUGCGGGACCAAGCCGGAGGCGUGAGGUCCAAGGUUUAGGAGGCACCUUUACACACACUUCACGGGCUCUAGCAUUUGCACCAGUUUGAGCACAGGAUUAAUUACUCAUUUUCAGUAAACAUUUGAGCAUCUAUUUUGAUCACUGGGUUUUAUAAUUUCAAGGGUCACAAAGGUUUAAGUUAAAUACAAAAUUCUAUAGCUGCCAUCAUUCAGUCUAUUACCUAUGUGUUUAGCCUUUAUUUUUAAAACAUUCAACCUGUAAAGAAAUAAUGAAGUAAACUGGAGAGCUAAAGCAUAGGCAUAAAAAUAUUUUCACUUUUUGAUUCCCAGGAUCUGUUCCAUUUAAAUAAAUAUUCAAGGACUUAUUGCUCUGUAAAAAAUAUAGCAGGAUGUCCUUUCUAACACUGGCUGUAGGGGGUGGCUUAACACUUUGUAGUACCACAGUGUUUGCACUGGAGAAAGGUGCAUGACUGACUGAAUCAUUUUAGAAUUCAUAUAAACCUCUUCAUAAUUCAACAGAAAGCAUUUAUACAUAAAGUCUGAAUGCAGUUUAAAGUUUACUAGAAAACAUGGCAUAUUAUGAGAAAACAUAAUUAGGAAGGUUUUUAAUUAUGUAUAAUAUGUUGAUGAAAACAGUGGAUAGUUUAAGCUACAAGAAAGUUAUUUAGUUUUGAGAAGAGAUUACAAUCCAUCUGUUCUGAAUGCCAUCCCGUUAGUAUCAACACCCUAAGCAAACAUCCUGUGGCUCUUUAAAUCAGUGCUGCCCAAUAUAAUGGCCACUGGCCACAUGUAACUCUUGAGCACUUUAACUGUACCUAGUGCAACUGAGGAACUUUUGAUUGUUUAAAAUUUUAAUAUCGAUUCUUAACUCAGUUACUAGAAAACUUUUAAGUAUGCUCGCAAUAACUUGGGUAUGUGAAUUGACUUUUUCAAAUGUAAAUUUUAUGAAAUCUAAAUAUGGAGCAAGUAUUUUGGCUGGAAAUUUAGCAUCCAAAUUAAGAAACAAAGUAAGUGUGAAAUACAUACCAAAUUCUGAAGACUUAGUGUGAGAAAAAGGUAAAAUAUCUCAUUAAUACUUUUUAAGUAGUGAUUAUAUAUGGAAAUGAUAAAAUGUGGAUGUAAGGCAUACCUUGUUUUAUUGUGCUUCACUUUUUGCACUUCUUACAAAUCAAAGGUUUAUGGCAACUCUGCAUCAAGCAACUCAGCACCAUUUUUCCAACAGCAUUUGCUCACUUCAUAUCUCUGUGUCACAUUUUGGUAAUCCUUGCACUAUUUCAAACUUGUUCAUUAUUAUUAUUUUGAAUCCUGCAAUCUCAUGAUAAAACUUGAACGGAUGAGGAGUCACUUCUUAUGGAUGAGCACAGAAAGUCGUUUCUUGAGGUAGAAUCAACUCCUGGGGAAGAUGCUGUAAAGAUUGUUGAAAUGACAGAGAUUUAGAAUAUGAUAUAAACUUAGUUGAUAAAGCAGUGGCAGGAUUUCAGAGGUUUGACUCCAAUUUUGAAAGAAGUUCUGCUGUGGGUAAAAUGCUAUCAAAUAGCAUCACAGAGAAAUAGUUCAUGAGGAAGAGUCCAUUUGUGCAGCAAACUUCCUUGUCUUAUUUUUAAAAAUUGCCCCAGCCAGGCCAGCCUUCGGCAACCACCACCCUGGUCAGUGAGCAGCCAUCAACACCGAGGCAAGACUCUCCACCAGCAAGAAGACUGUGACUCACUGAAAGUUCAGGUGAUGGUUAGCAUAUUUUUUUUUAGCAAAGAAUAUUUUUUUAAAGAUUUUAGUUUUAGGGGCGCCUGGGUGGCUCAGUUGGUUAAGUGUCUGCCUUCAGCUCAGGACAUGAUCUCAGCGUCCUAGGACAGAACCUGGGUUCUGAUUCCUGCGUGUCACAUGGGCCUCCUAAACUCCUAAAUUUGCCUUUGAUCCUUAACCUCUCUGCAUCUCAUUUUUCUUUCUGUACCCUGGGAUUAACUAUUAAAUCUAGAGGACCCUUACCUACUGAGGGUUUAUUGUGACAAUCACUGAAGCCAUGUAGAAGCACUCAGGUAUUUCUGAACCACAAUAUUUUUAUAAGGUAUCCUCAUUUGAAGCAGAUCAAAUCUUAUAACCCAAGCUAUCGAACCUUAUUUCUAGUUUUAAAAGUUGUGACUUAGAAGAAAUCAGGAUUGUUUCUGAACAAUUAAAAUUAAAGGUUAUG